AUGGCCGACGCCGCCGAGCAGUCCCAGUACGGCGAGCGCCUAUCGCAUAGCGCACCCGUCGGAUCCCGGCGCACCUACACCCCGUACCACCCUGAGGGCCUCAACCUCCCAUCGUGCCGCACGAUCUACGACCUGCCGACCUCGCCGGAGGUUCUCUUCCCUGAGGAGACCCGCACCUGGGGCAGGAACCUCACGCUCUACCCCGGCUGUGGGUACGUCGCCGGUGCCGCGGCGGGGGCCGCCACGGGGUUCAAGCGCGCGGUGGCGGGGGCGGAGCGCGGCGAGUCGUUCAAGCUGCGCACCAGCCGCGUGCUCAACCACUGCGGCUCCGUGGGACGCCGGUACGGCAACCAUGUCGCCUUGAUCGGGCUGCUCUUCGCGGGGACCGAGUGCGCCGUGGGCAAUCUUCGCGACGCUGACGACUGGCGCAACAUCAUCGCCGCAGGGUUUGGAACCGGCAUGCUCUACCGUGCACCUUCGGGCCCGCGAUCCGCCAUCUUUGGUGCCGCAGUCGGGGGCCUCAUGGCUGCUGCCGCCGUCGCAGGGAACCAGGUGUUCAAGGGAAACGGCCGUACCCCGCCCUUCUAA